AUAUCACAACGCCUAAAAAAAUGUCUUCUGUACCUAAACUCGAAACUAUCGAAAUCACUCUCUUUCCCAAUGGAGUUGCUGAAAUUUCUCAUAACAGACCUAAACGAUACAAUGCUCUUUCCCCACAAUCAUACAGAGAUUGGUUAUCCGCUUUCCAAUGGGCAGCCAAGUGUGAGGAUGUAAAGGUAGUUGUCUUGACAGGAAGAGGUAAGUUUUACUGUUCAGGUCAGGAAUUAGAACUUCCUGACAUGAACAUGGAAAACGUUGAAGAAGAAAUGGAACGCAGAAGAAAGACAACAACCGAUGUUGUCUCUGCAAUGAUUGCCUUCCCCAAGCUCUUAAUCGCGGCUGUCAACGGUCCUGCUAUUGGUUUCGGCACCACCACUCUCGCAUUAUGUGACAUUGUCUACUGUGUGUCUGAAGCUACUUUUAAUACUCCUUUUAUGAAGCUUGCUUUCUGCGCUGAAGGUUGUUCUUCGUACUUGUUUCCAAGAAUCAUGGGACAAUCUAGAGCUAAUGAGAUGCUGUUAUUGGGUAGAACUUUUAGCUCCAGUGAGAUGGUUGACUGUGGGUUUGUUAGUAGAACACUUCCUACAGAAACUUUCCGUGAGCAAAUUCUUGAGAUAGCUGGAGAUGCAGCCAAACUCUCGACUGAUGCAUUAAAGGUGACUAAGGAUUUGAUCAGAAACAUCGACCGUGAAUUGCUCGAAAAGAUUAACCAAGAGGAAAUGAGAAUGCUGGGAGAGCGUAUGGGCAGCAGUGAUUCUCUCGAGAGCAUCAUGCGUUUUGUGGAGGAAGCAGCUAAGAGAAAGGCAGCCAAGAAAGCUAAAUUGUAGUUUAAAUCAACAGAUAAUUGUUCAAGACAAGAUGUUAAUAAUAAAAUAUAUAUAUAUACAUUUUCAA